UGUCUUCUUAUUUGCGUUGAAUCAAAGUAGUAGAGAAAAAGAAUCGUAUUCUUCAUAAUAUAAGUCGCGUGUCAUCGCCGUGGAAGUCACGUGCCAUUUAUAGUUGAGUUGUUUGUUACAUCUCAAACCCACAUAAUAUAAAACCUUAAACUAUGUUUUUUUUUUAUUAAGAUCGUUUCUUUCUCUCUCUCUCUCUGUCUCUCCAAUCAAAAAACAAAAACAAUCUCUUCAAUCAAAAAAACAGUGACCAGGAUCUUCUUACGUUUUUGUAUAAAAUUCUGUGCAGUUUCAAAAGAACUGCACAGGGGUUGUUUGUUAUUGAGGAAGAACAACGUGUGAUGAUGGCAACGAUGGGGAGAUUCUUGAUGGCUCUGGAAACUGAAGGACCAGGAGGACAAUCAUUGUUGGGUUCAAUCAAAAUUGCAGUUUUGCCAAUAGUUAAAGUUUUUACUAUGUGUGCUUUAGGUCUUCUUAUGGCUUCUAAGUAUGUUAAUAUCUUGCCUGCUUCUGGUAGAAGGCUUUUGAAUGGGCUGGUUUUUUCACUUUUGCUACCUUGUUUGAUAUUCUCUCAGCUGGGACAAGCUGUUACUUUGCAAAAGAUGCUUGACUGGUGGUUUAUUCCCAUGAAUGUUGUUUUGAGUUCAAUAGUAGGAUCAAUCAUUGGUUUUAUUGUUGCGUCAAUUGUUCGUCCACCGUACCCUUUCUUCAAGUUCACAAUUAUCCAUAUUGGAAUCGGGAAUAUUGGGAAUGUGCCUCUUGUCCUCAUUGGUGCUUUAUGUCGAGACCAAAACAAUCCCUUUGGAGACUCGCUUAAAUGUAGCACAGAUGGAACUGCCUAUAUAUCAUUUGGCCAAUGGGUUGGUGCUAUCAUCUUGUACACCUAUGUAUUUAAUAUGUUGGCACCUCCUCCAGAGGGAACUUUUGACAUUGAUAAUGAAAGGCUUCCCAUAAAGAGCACUCCUGUAAAGACUGAUGUUGCACCGGAGCAAACUCCAUUGCUUGCUCAGGAGGAGGGGGACACGGAGGGGGACAAUUUAGUAAGUUCAAGUGCUUCAGGGAAGUCGAAGAUUAAAGUUAUAUUAGCAUUAGUAUACGACAAGUUGAAGCUUAAGCAAAUUCUUCAACCCCCUAUCAUUGCAUCAAUUCUAGCAAUGACACUUGGUGCAGUCCCGUUUCUGAAGAAACUGAUCUUUACGCCGGAAGCUCCACUAUUCUUCUUCACCGACAGUUGCAUGAUUCUAGGGGAGGCCAUGAUUCCUUGCAUAUUGUUGGCAUUGGGAGGCAACCUUAUUGACGGUCCUGGAAGUUCAAAACUUGGUUUUAAGACAACUGCUGCUAUUGUUUUUGCGCGAUUAGUUUUAGUGCCUCCUGUUGGACUCGGCAUCGUCAUGUUGGCUGACAAGCUCGGCUUUCUACCCCCAGAUGAUAAGAUGUUUCGAUUUGUCCUACUACUUCAGCAUUCAAUGCCGACAUCUGUCCUUUCAGGUGCUGUUGCUAAUUUAAGAGGGUGUGGAAGGGAGGCAGCUGCUGUUUUAUUCUGGGUCCAUAUCUUUGCUGUAAUAUCAAUGGCUGUGUGGAUAGUUCUAUACCUUAGCAUACUCUUCUGAGACUAUAGAUAGAUAACAUGUUUAUGCAAUAAUGAUGUAAUUUAAUAUCAUUAAUUUUGUCCAUUUGAAAUAUAGGUUAGGAGAAACACCAAUACUUCAUAUAGUGCCUUUAUCUGCUGAUCUUGAUUUUUUGCCGUCUCCUGAUUUAUGAUAUUUCAUUAGAAGACAUUGUUAAGAAGAGCUGAAAAAAUAUAUUGGAAGAAACCUAAGUUCUUCAUUGAUUA